UAGCCAAUAUGGUUUCGUGGUCUGCUGUAAACUGACUGUAGUUUAGCAAAGCAACGUUACCAACGUUGCGCCCUUUCUACGGUAUCAAACAGAACAAGCUAACGUGAUCUCAUGGAACGGCUGUACGCGGAGAAGUAAAAGUAAUUUUUUUUCCGUGUUGGAAGGCGAAUCAGCGCCAUGAAGCUGGUAUCCGGUGGCACAGACUUGCUCUUUGAGCAGUACAGCAUCAAGCAGAUUCAUGAAAUUGAGCAAAGCAUAAGGGCUGAUAUCGAGAAAAAGAAAGAAGAUCUGCGGCAGAUGGUUGGGGAGCGGUACAGAGACCUCAUCGAGGCUGCCGACACUAUCGGUGCAAUGCAGCGAACCUCUGCUAACGUGAAACAGUACGUGGCCCAAUUAACGGAACACUGCCAAAACCUGCAGGGCAAGCCUUCAACCCCUGUUGCAGCUCGGCCUGAACACUGGGCACUGUCCCACCACUACGCUGUCCUUGCACAGGUGAAGCUCCUGGUGGACCUCCCUUCCAAGCUGUGGGGCGAAGCGGAGCGAGAAUGCUGGGGUCGUGCAGCCUGCCUCCAGCGCCUAGGCCAGCACGUCCUCUGGCACCUGCAGCUGGCCACAGGGCUGGAGCCGUGGAAGGCCCUGGUAUCUCGUCAGGGCACUUCCCUUGCGUCCCUCGGACACUGCUUGCUGCAGGGUUGCUGGAGAAGACUUUUGUGCUUGGAAGCACCAGUGUCAUGGGAGGCUCAACUGGAAUCUCUCACAGGGCUGGCACUUCUCCAAGGUUCCUCUCUCACCGAGUUGCUUACGCAUUUAUUGGAGCGACGCUUGGGCCUGGUGGAUCAGCUGGUGGGAUCAGACAGUGUCUCUAUGAGGGAGCAGCUCUGUGGCCUAGCCACUCUGCUGGUGUCCACACUUCAGCUAGUGCAGGCUGCUUUCCUAACUUCACAACCGAGUGCCCUGGAGUUACGCAUAUCUGAGGUCACAAAGAGCAAUACUUGCGCAGAUCUGGUGAGCUUCUCGGAGAGCCCAUCAUUCCGCUAUGCUCCAGCACCAAUACGAGAGUUCCGUGUGCAGGUCAACAUUGAUCCACCAAAACUAGAGAUACUUCAGAAGGAAUGUGGCCACUUUGUGAAGAACGUGGAGGAAAAGAGUGUGGACCGCAUUGUGUCCCAUCUAAGCCAACUGAAUUCACUGCAAGGCCUUGCACGACUAGGAGCUGACCUUAGGGAAUGGCUGCCAAAGGAGGAGGCAGAACUGGGGACAUUGGUCUUGGGAGAACAGCUCUCAUUGUGGAAUCAGUUUUUCCGUGUUCAUGUGGGAAACCGCAUUACAGAGCUGAUCAGCCUUCAGCUAAACGCUGCCAUGGAUUCCUGUCUACAGGCACUAGAAGCUGUCAAGACUGGUGCUAGGGGUUCAGUGCUCGAGCAACCGUGUGAAGAUUUCACAUGGAGGACGUUGUCGCAAGACCACCUGAACGCACAUCGUUCUUCGCAGGAGGUCUUGGUUCUACAGACACAAGGUCUGACACCACAGGUUCAGGCACUGUGCAAGUCCUUGUGCCAGCGUUUGGAACGUCUCCUGGAGGAGCUGAGGCCGUGGGGCUCCAUGGAGGAAGACUUGCAGCAAGCCACUGUAGCCAUGCUUGGCCGGUGGCAUUCCUUCGUCAAUUCGGAAAUGGCCCACUCUACCGACACAGACUGGCUAGCAUUGCUGGGACAGGUGUGCCAGGGGCUUGCCGAGCUGUGCCCCGAAUUGCGCCUGUGCUUUCCUGCCAAGAAAGGUGCCCAGGAUCCUUGGCAGAAAGAGCAACUGUCCUUGCGAACACUUCGAGAUUCUGCAUACAAGUCAUGCUUUACUCUGGUUGUACAGCAACAGGCAGCAUCUCUGAGUGAACAGCUGAACACACUGGACGAUUUCAUGUCUGCAAUGCUGUGCUGGGGAGAAGUGCAAGUCCAAGAGGAAUCUGAGGGAGGACAGCAAGUGCAGUCGACCUUGCGGGUGCCACUGCAGGUGACAGUGCCACUGCAGGAGCUGCUGUUUGCUUUGUGCCAGCAAGUGAACAGGCUGUUUGGCCACUGCAUGCCCAAGGGCAUCCAGUCUGAAGUUGGCCAGCUGCUGAUGUCCUCUCUGGAGCCAGCUUACAUACGCUCGUGCCAGGCGUUAGUGACGCAGCAGUUACCACCUGCUCUUUGUCAAACCUGGGCUCUCCAGCUGCUCAUGGACUUGCACGUCCUCAACCUGCUCUUUCAGGGUGGUACGCUGAGCACUGCUCGAGCAGCCGUGGAAGCUCAGGUGGACCCCUUUGACUUGGAUGUCUUGAUGCCACACCUGGGGCAACAAGCCAGCUUGGCAGCCCAGCAGACAUCGCUUCUGCUGGGCCUCUGUCUUGGCGAUGUGGGGGCUGGCCGAUUCCUGGUGUCGGGACCCUCGGGCAACAAGGCACCUCCCGCAUCACCUGUGGUGCUGCCUGUGCUUGCUGCGGGAAGUCAACGCUUCCCUUUGUUGCCCACUCUGUCUAGGUUUCUUGAUGAAAGCCCACUAGGCACCCAAGGUACUUCCGCCAGUGGCCCUGACGGAAGCAGCAGUUUGGCAACACCGCCUCCACCACCAAAGAGUUCCUCAGGGCCUGACCUUGCUGUUGCUGCAACAUCUCUGACAGCCAGUCAGUCAACGCCAACAUUUAGUGCCUUACCCUCAUUCUACGAGAAAAUGGCCACUAGCAUGCGAUCUUCCUGGUUUGGACCGAUGUGAUGCAAUCCAGGCUUUUUCUGUACAAUAUACAUUUGUAAAAAUAAACAGACUGCAGCAGGUUGA